AGAUAAGGUUAGUUUUCAACUCGAUGUAAACUAAAACAUUUAAUUUCGUUAUUUCAACUUAUUUCAUCAAAAUGGAGAGUUAGAGACAACAAAAAGAAUGGACCCAGGCACAAGUUCAGAAAAUGUGAAAGUCGCUGUUCGUGUUCGUCCCAUCAAUACAAGAGAGAAGGAUAGCUCCAGGAGUAGGAGUGUAGUAGAAAUAAAUGGAAACCAGGCAUCUCUUCUUAAACUUGGAAAGGGAGAAAGGAAAAAACGGAAUUUUAGUUUCGACUUUUGUUUCGACUCUACAGACCCAAACUCUGAGCAGUUUGCGAGCCAGGAGACUGUUUACAGUGCACUUGGGCAGGAUAUCCUAGACAAUGCAUUUAAAGGUUACAAUGCUUGUCUGUUUGCCUACGGACAGACGGGAUCCGGAAAGUCCUACACCAUGACGGGAUCAAGGACGGAUCCAGGGAUCAUCCCCAGGCUCUGCUCAAACCUAUUUCUGGAGACGGAGAAGCAGGUGGGACGGGAGACGGAGAUCAGGGUUGAGGUGAGCUACAUGGAGAUCUACAACGAGAAGGUGUUUGACCUGCUCGACUUGUCUAUGAGUGGUAAGGUUGGGUUGAGAGAGAUUGAUGAUCUAAUGAUUGAAGGAAACAAGUCUAGAACUAUUGCUGCAACCAAGAUGAACAAUGAGAGCAGUCGUUCUCAUGCUGUCUUCACAAUCAUUCUUACCUUCACGGUCAAAGACGAGGGUACUGGAGUUGUUGGAGAGAAAGUAUCCCGAGUAUCUUUAGUAGAUCUGGCAGGGUCAGAGAGAGCCAACAAAACCGGGGCUGUAGGAGAACGACUCAAGGAAGGAUCAAACAUAAACAAAUCUCUAACUACCCUGGGACUGGUAAUAUCCAAGCUUGCAGAUAAAUCCCAAGGAAAGGAGAAGGAUAGUUUUGUUCCCUACCGUGACUCCGUGUUAACCUGGUUACUGAAGGACAGCCUGGGGGGUAACUCUAGAACUGUGAUGGUUGCAGCACUCUCACCAGCAGAAGAUAAUUAUGAAGAAACCUUGUCAACUCUCAGGUACGCAGAUAGAGCAAAGAGAAUCAAGAACCACGCUGUAAUCAACGAAGAUCCUAAUGCAAGGUUGAUCACUGAGCUCAGAGCUGAGGUGGAAAAACUAAAGAGUAUGCUGAUCAGUGCCGCCCAACCUGAUCUUCUCAAGGAACAGCUAAAUGAGAACGAGGAGCUAAUGAAGAAAAUAUCCUUGACCUGGAUGGAGAAACUAGCAAAGACGGAGAAGAAACAGGUUGAGAACAAGCAAGCUUUAGUUUCUCUUGGCCUGGAGCAGGAUUCUAUUGAACAGGAUCGAUCUAGAUAUUUCUUAGUGAACCUAAACUCCGACCCAGCCCUAAAUGAAAUGCUGGUUUACUAUCUGAAGGAUCGGACCAAGGUUGGAUCCAUGACAGGAGAGGUUCAGCAGGAUAUCCAGCUUACAGGAGUAGGAAUACAAGACGAACACUGUAUCCUGAUCAGGGAGGAGAAUAGACUUUAUCUCCAACCUAUGGAAAAUGCUAGAACCUUCGUGAACGGAAAGGCUGUUCAUGAAAAGGUUGAAAUCUGGGAUGGAGAUAGAAUACUCUGGGGAUUCAACCAUUUUUUCAGAGUUAAUUGUCCGGCACAACCAGGAAGUGAGGAAUCUGCCCGAAUUGUUGGAUGGAAUGAAGCUCAAGAGGAAGUUUUUACAAGUGAAGGAGAAUCCCUCCCACUCAAGGACGUGUUGGAUAAACUCCAGAAGAAAUACGAGGCGGAGAAACUAUCCGCCCUGGAGACCCAGAGGAAUGAUUAUGAAAAGCAGUUUAAGAAGUUUAUUCAGAAUUCAGCGGAAGAGAAGGUGGAGGAAGAAACUGGAGUUAUCAAUUGGCUUUCUAGUUCUAAUGAGAACAGGACGGAUCAGUUCAGAAGAAGUUUGGAAGCUUUGCACGGUAGUUUAAUGAAGGCAGUUGGAUUAGUCAGAGAGGCAAACCAAAUAUCAGAGGAUCUCCAGCGAUCUUGUAAAUUUAAAGUAACUCUACAGAUUCCAACAUUUAAUCUCUCUCCGAAUAAUUUUAAGGGAUCGUUCAUGACGGAACCGACCAUUUUGCUGAGUAAGAAAGGAGAAGGAAGACAAACUUGGAGCCUGGAGAAGAUGGAAAUUAGGAUUGGUGAGAUGAGACAGGUUUAUCAGAGAGUUAAAGAAGGAUCAGGAACUGUGGAUGAGAUCGGGAAAUCGUUAAAAGAUCCUUUUUACGAGGCAGUUGAGAGUCAUUCCUUAGUAGGAGUCGCAAACCUGUAUCUAUCCUCAGUAUUUCAUGAUAUAAUAUUUGAACACUCGGCUCCUAUAAUAUCCCAGGAGGGAAAGAUUGCUGGGAAACUACUGCUUCAAGUUCAACGCAUUGAGGGAGCGUUUCCUAUUGACAGGGUUGGAGAAUGUGAUCAGGAGACAGGUUCUACCUCCACAAUUCACUCCGAGGACACAAAAACCACUGUGGGGUUACGUAUCCGUAUCCGGGCUGCUGUAGGUAUACCACCAGCCCUCUCACACUUCCUAUUCUGUCAGUACAAGUUCUUCAAGGACGAGGAGUACACUGUGGUUCCCUCUAUAGAGGAGUCUAGAAUACUCCAAACUAAGAAAACUUCAGCACUAGAUUUCAGGUUUGAACAUGAAAGGAUAGUUCAGGUUUGUGUAGAUGAAGAACUGCUGGAAUACUGUGAAGAAGGAGCAUUGUCUAUAGAAGUAUAUGGACACAAAGCAAAAGGAUUUUACUCCGCUAAGGAAGCUUUUGAGCAGAAGAGAAAGGCUCAGGUGUUGGCAGACAGAUAUUCUAUAGCUCAUCCUGACUUGUGUUGGAUAUGCUUUGAUCUGAACAUGAAAUGUCACCAUGUUCAGAGUCGUUGGUCGGAGCUGGUGAGAAAACUCGAGCUCUGGGUUGAGAUCCAUGAGAUUGACGAGGAUGGAAGAUAUAUCCCAGUUGAGAUCCAGCAGAGAGAGGAUGUAGGGACAGGAGGAAUCUACCAACUCCGACAUGGACAACAACGGCGGAUGGUUGUUAAAGUCCAACCUAUUCACAACACUGGAAACCUUCCAAUAGUUUGUGAUUCCAUCCUAGCUGUUGAAGUAGGAAACCCAGUAGCUCGGAGUAAACUCCAACGCCCUCUUGACUCCUACCAAGAUGAAGAUCUGAAUAGUUUACUAAGAGAAUGGGCUGCUUCUAUAUCUAGAUUGAAGGAUGAUGUGGAUCAAAGGAUUCAUCAUAUUGAUGAGAAGGAAACCCGAACCUCAGAGGAUACAGAUCUACUCCAGUCUCUGAUAGAUCAGAAGAACUGUAUUGUAGAAGAACUGAACGCAGCUCUGGUACCAGGGGAAGCUUCCAAUGGAACAAGAUGUGCAAAGUUAGGAAUGGAAAAGUUGACUCCAGUACUGUUUUUAAACUUGUCCAGCAUAGAUUCUCCGGAAUCCUGUACAGAACUGGAUGACUAUCUCCCGGUUCUGUCCGCAGGUUCAGUUCUACCCAAAGAGCAUGGGGAUAAGUUCUUCUCUCUUCCUAUCCUUGAGAACCUGGAGAAAAUUAUUGGAACCGUUGCUUCCUGGGACUCCUCCGUACAUAACUCCGUUUAUUUAAACAGGGUUACAGCGGAGCAUGAGAGAUUAUUCCUGAUUGUUAAAAUAACAUUAAGACUCACAGACCCAACCCCUGUUGAUAUAAUUCUCCGAAAAAGAAUUUGUUUCUCUGUGUACAAACGACAUUCUUUUGUGAGUAAGUUCCGGAAAAGUCUGGGAUAUUCUACUCCGAACCUACUAAAGAGCACUGGAGUAACAUAUGAGAUAGUUGGGAAUGUCCCGAAAACGUUUAGCUCUCUAGAGAGUGUGGAGGAAGAUACAGAGGAGAAUAUUGAGGAUUCAUUCUUUGAUAGUUACACCCAGGCAGUGUCUGCUGUUGAAACUAUCCUGAACCUUGAGAGGAUGAAACAGCAAGAUCUUGUGUUGGAACUUCUAGCAAGGAAGGAAGCAUCAUUUCUUCCCUUCCCUCAUAAUCUAUCCAAAUCUUUCAGUUCGUCGACCUUGGGCCUCAACAACAGGUCUAUGUCUUUACUAAACCUUGGUGGAGUUACUAGAGGGAAUUUAUCUGGGAGCAUGCACAGCCUAAACCAGGAUACAAGGCCGGGAAGACGAUCUUUUGAGGUGUCUUUUGAGGAAAGAAAGCAAAAAAGAUUAUCUCUGCCAGGACGGCAUCUAGGUGGACUAGGAGGAGGAGAAGCUACUACUUCCAGGAGAUCCAUGAUGAUACUCACAGAGGAGGAGGACGGGAAUAAAUAGUUCUCUACAAUGAUUAAUUGAUUUUAAUAUCUUAGUUUGUAAAAUAUUUUCAUGUUUCAAAUUAUUAUAUAAAUGAAAAAAUACAUGACAUUUUCAGAUGUUUAUAGUAGUAGCUGGGAAAGGAAAUGACUGUCUGAAUCUGACCCUUAUAUCUUUUCAA